ACUUCCUCUUGUUUGUGAAUGUCGAUGAGUACAAAUAAUUUGUUUGGUUACGUUUUGUUAUGAAAAUUAUGUAAAAAUCAUCUUGAACUUACGUGAUUCCUUCUUCAACUAUGCAAUAACUUUUAAUAUCGUGCCUAAUUUUAUAUCUGUGAUGGAAAGGCAAUUUUUUGACAUUGAUAAAAGGAAUGCCUGGGGCACUAUUUUCCAGGAAAUAAGGAAUGAAUCUAACAACUUACCGUACAUUAUUAAAGAUGCCAAGAAGGUAGAAAAUAAAAAUUUAAAUCGCUACCGGGAUGUAAAUCCAUUUGAUCACAGUAGAGUGCGCUUACAAAGAGGUGAUAAAGAUUACAUUAAUGCAAGUCUUGUUACAGUAUCAUCUGCUGACAGAUCUUACAUAUUAACACAGGGGCCUUUGCCGGUAACUAUUGGUCAUUUUUGGCUUAUGGUAUGGGAACAAAAAUCCAAAGCUGUGUUGAUGCUUAACCGUAUCAUUGAGAAAAAUGCGGUAAAAUGCCAUCAAUACUGGCCUGAUGGAAACCAAAAAGGUGGUGAAAAUGAUUUAAUUUUAACAGAUGUCAAAUUAAAAGUAACCUUUCUUUCUGUGACAGAUGAAUCCUAUUAUAUUGUCAGAAAAUUCCUUCUAACUGAUUUGGAGAGCCUAGAGUCUAGAACUGUCCUGCAAUUUCAUUACAUAACUUGGCCAGAUUUUGGUGUUCCAGAAUCACCUGCUGCAUUUCUGAAUUUUCUUUUUGCUGUACGCAAAUCUGGAGCGCUAAACAGCAAUUAUGGCCCUCCCGUUGUACACUGCAGUGCUGGAAUUGGACGUUCUGGAACAUUCUGCUUAGUAGAUUCCUGCCUUGUACUUAUUGAAAAAAGCAAUGAUCCGAAUGCCGUUGAUGUACAACAACAGUUAUUGGAAAUGCGCCAUUACCGAAUGGGUUUAAUUCAAACUCCUGAUCAGCUACGUUUUUCCUAUUUGGCCAUAAUAGAAGGUGCUAAGAUAGUUCUUCAGUGUGAUGGAUCUAAUGUAGUGCCUUUAGUUAAAGAAAAUCCUAUGCAGAUUAACAACAAUACCUGUGAUAUGAAAAUAGACUGUACCAAUGUGUCCAACAGUGGUGAAAAUGAAAUUUCUUGUUCACCGCCACCUUUGCCUCCACGGUCAGCACAUAGUAUUGAUGAUUUGAAACAAACAUCUCUUUCAGUUUCAGAACAUAUUGAAUACAAUGGAGAUGCAAUCAGUCUGAAUGUGAAGAUGCCAAAUUAUGAUCAGUCUUAUAAUCAAAAGAACAAGAACUGUGUGAAUGACAAUGUGUCAUUGUCUGAAAAAAGUGAAAUAAAUAAUUUUGCAGGAAAUAAAUUUGGAUCUGAAGUGGAAAAUUCUAACGCGGCUAAUGUUUCUGAAAGUCCUGCUGAUAUUAGAAGAAGAGGACGUAAAGAACGGGAAGAGAAAGUUGCUGCUAUGGUUCAAAAUAUUAAAAAGAAGCAAAAAGAAUCAGAAAUGUGGGGAAAAAGAAGGUCAAAAAAGCAAAGAAGAAAGUAAUGUACUGUGAAGAAAACCUUUUGUUUUUAAGCUAUUAGAAUUAGUGUGCAUUGUCAAAAAUUGUAAAUUUUUUGACAAUAAAGUUCUUUUCUCUGCUUCAA